AUGUCGGAAGAUGUUAAGAUGUUGGCCCCAAACUGUGUCAACGUUAAUGUCAACGCCCUGGUCCCUCAACUCAAACGGAAGCGCUCCAACGACCCUGCGACCGGGCAACCUGUUCCCACCAAGAUCCGAACCGACUCGAUCACUUCCAUGCCGGUCGCUUCUCCGAUUGCGCCCUCAACGCCCACACCCACGCGUUCACCAGCGCAGGUCGCCGGUCGCACAGAUGUGGAUCGUCUCCGCGAAACUCUCACUGCCCAGUUAAGUCUGGAGGUUCUGCUGAAGCACAACGAACUCCGUCUUAUCGACCAGGAAAUCGCAAAAUGUCAAAUAUCGCUCGAACAGUUGCGCCGCUGUGCUGAGAUCCCCUACCCGGGUUCCAGCGUUGCCGGUAUCUCGGCUGAUGUGAGUUUGGGCACGGGCGCAUCGGUAUUGCCUGGAAAUGGCUCUGUACCGGUGUCGCCUGCGCCUUGGGGUGUUACUGAUGGUCCAUAUUCGCGUCACUACGCGCGAUGGUUGCUGCCGGAUCCCCGGUUCGAGGGUGAGGUGGACUCGACCCCUGUCGAAGGCCGAUCUACUCGGGGGAACCCGGUGGAUUUCAGUGCACUGGCUGGGAAGACGCGCCCUUCGAGGGGCUCAGGUGCUCCGAAGUUGCAGUCGCUGCCUAGUGGAUAUCCCGUCGUCAAGGAGAAGUCGGGUCCAAUGGUUAUGCGGCGCAAGUCGGAUGGUGUCUUUGUUAAGCUUACUUGUCUGGAUUGUCAGCGUGUUGAUUUCUCCAGUACGCAAGGGUUUAUCAAUCACUGUCGUAUUGCACACAACCGGAACUUUGCUAGCCACGAUGCCGCUGCUAUGGCUUCCGGUGAGCCGGUGGAGUUGGAUGAAUCCGGUGCUAUCAUCGGUAGUCGGACUGAGUCUACGGCCAGCGCUGCUACGUCUGGAUACGUUCACCCGUUGAUUCGUUCUUCUAACCUUCCUACUCCGACUAAGGAGUCGGUCACCCCGAAGAAAACAUCCGAGGGCAGUUAUGUUGCGACUCCUCCGACAACCAUUCGACGGGAUCUUAAUCCGCGACCGUCCGAGCCGGUCAAGGCUAACCACCCUUCGUUCCUUGCCUCGCCCGCGACUCCUCAUCUCUCUGCUUUGAUGAAGUCACGUGGUCUGGGCUUGAAUAUGGACAAGUUGGUGGAGGAAGUCAAGACUCCUGUCGACCUGAGUGGUCUCUCUGACGAUGACUCGGAUGACGAGUCAGCCCCGUCCUCUGCGAGAACCCCCCAGGACUCCCAAGGCACCCGGGCGGCACGUCAUCCUAUGCGUAUGCCUACUGCCCAAGAUGCGACCGAUCAAUCUGGCCGAAAGGCUCUUCAUCUUCCUGACAUGACCCCGACCCGGCCUCAGUCUCAGUCUCACGCACCAUAUCUUUCUGAUCUUGCUUCGCUGUCUGCUGCUCACCAGAUGGAUGCGUCCCGUGAUCUGGACCAUCCAGCUCACCUGAGUCCCAACGCGAUAGAGUCUAACCAAGCUCCCAGCUUGGUCAGUGACGACGAAGAUGACUACGAAGCUGCCUCUGAUUCCGACAGCCCCAGCUCCUCUGAGGCAGACGAUCACGAAGAAGACUUCCGGCACAUCGAAGUCCAGGACGACGAACGCACCACCGCUCCGUCCGCUCCUGCAGAGCCCAAGCCCGGUCCCUCACUGGCAAACCCCAUGUCACAAACCGCUCCCCCAAUCCCCAAACCAAUGAAGCAAGGCCGCCCUGCUUUGUCCUACGGUGACCGGACCCGGGAUGAUCAAUUCAACCACCUCCGUGACAUCCCCAAUCCAGUCAACUUCACCCGACCCCACGCCCCAAGCGAGGAUCCGUCCAACACGCCCCGCGACGGGCGCAACCCAUCCCCCCCAUUCAGCAGAUAG